UGCGGACCCUGAAUAAACACCCUUCUUCUCUCUUUAUCCCACUACCAUACCCUGGUGCAAAGUAAGUCAAUGGUACUUCCAAGGAGCUUUACACUGUACAUCAAUCUCUGAAUAUGCGAGCAACCAAAGCAAUGGAUAAGAAACCAUCAAGGAUCCCGUGGCAGCGCGGCACGCCAAGAGGCUCAGGUACGGAGGUCCGCAAGAGUGAUUCUGGAGCAAGAUAUGCGAUGGGCUUUGAUGCUGCUGAAGUGUGCCUACUUGGCUGUGCACUCGCUUCUCUAGUACUCGGGGGGCAUUUGUUGAUCAAACUUGUACUUUGGAUGGUGUACAGUUGUUGGAACAACCAAAUUUAUGAAGAUUCAGAUAAGCAGGUCAUUGAUCCAAGUCUGGCCGAGUGGGAAUCAGUGGGCGGUGUGUUCAUCAAGAAUCCAAGAAUGUUUCUGCCCGGUCGACUCACUGUGGAAGCGGUUUUGCGCCGUGGUUGGCAGACAUCGCGUUUGACAAAACAGGAGGCAGAGUGGCUCAAUGGAGACGACCUCACCCAGCAUCGUCGUUGGUUGCUCGCUAUCUUUGAGAAGUCUAGAUUCACCGACCCCAGUGUGGGACAGAGCUCCGCCCCACUACCUCUGCGCCCCGUGUACGACAUAAUGGCAGGCCUAGGAAUAUUGCACAAUGUCAACGAAGAAAAUGGUAUGUAUGAGCGGGAAUGGAUCGGGGCGCCAAAAGAAUUGGUGCCGGGACUGCUGUCAAGGCUGAGGCGCAACGCAGACCGUGCUGGUAGACAGUGGCUGGCUGCCAUUCCCUCAGCAACAGACAAGGGUGAAGAAAUGUUGCAGGAGUUGUUGCAUCUGCCAGAAGUGCGCUGCAGUGCCACCGCUGCCAGAGCAGCGCAGAGGUUGGCCCUCAUGUUCGCAAGAGUAUGGUUGUUGACACUCUCAGGGGAACAACUGCCCUGGAGCGCGCAAGAGCAGGACAAGUGGUUGCGUGCCUCAGCAUUCUAUGCACACACCCUCAUUAAAUUUUCUGCAUCAUAUGCAGGCGCAGUACGACAAGCGGUCUCAUGGGUUGUCGCUACUGAGGCAAAUGCAUUUUCUAUAAGCGUGUUGCGGAUGAUACGUACUAGUUACGACACGGUGGUAGCACGCGAGUACGUGCAUGAGAUGCACGUUGCUGCAGGUUACUCAGAGGCGCUUGCAUCCCGUGCCGCCACAGCCGGAGAGUUUCCACUUGAGCCCCCUCUUCCAGUUGUAUUUAGCAGUGAAGCGGAGGGCCACAUUGAGGGCUGUACGACAUGUGAGGAAUGUGUAUUUCAGCCUUUGAAGUAUCAGCAGCUGUUGAUAUCCUUUGUUAAAGAUGAAACCCAGCAUGUAAGGAUGGCCUCACAACCAUACGUGGCGCUGUCACAUGUCUGGUCGCACUCUUUUGUGAGGCAGCCACUUGGACCGCAAAGUUGUGUGUACAUCAACAAGUGUGUACUCGUGGCUUUGCGGCGCGCUGCGAAACACAAUGGUGUCGAGCACGUUUGGAUUGACUCAGCGUGUAACCCCUGUGAUGUAUCAGCGAACAAACUUGCUGUACUUAGCAUGGAUGUGCUCUACACUCAUGCAAAAGCUGUUGUGGUGUUAGACCGGGAUUUGGUGCGCUGCAAGGUGGCCGAUAGCACUGAGUGGCUGCGUAUGAUCGCAGUGUGUGACUGGUCCACUCGUGCCUGGACAUUGCAGGAGGCCAAUUUGGCCCAAAGGGUCACGGUGAUCAAUAGAUUCAAAGAUGAGCACAUCCAGUCUCGCACCGUUGUGCAGCCGCAGUUUCAGGGCCCCAGAGCACUGGCGUUGUACAUGAGGCUCGGUUGGCUGUUCCUGCCAAUAGAUGGACAUCUGACGGUGCAUCAAGCAUAUCAAGUGCUUGAAGGGCGCAAGAUAACCAAUCCAGAUGAUUGGUGGUUGUGCAUCGCUGGGCUCAGCAGGCAGAUCAAGGCUGCUAUAUUGGCAAAAUUUGACGACCAUCCAGCUAAAGCCGUGUCACACUUAUUCGGGCGGGUGGCCAUUCCUCCAUUAUUGGCACCUGGCGCUCGCACCCAACAGGAUGGACUGUGCUGGUUGCCAUAUCCAGGGGGCCGGCAUCAGCUCAUGCUGACAGGGCCAGGGCCAAUGGCAGGUGUGGUGACGGACCACGGCCUCAUCGUGCAGGUUCACAUGGAUGCCAUAGCAAAUGAGAUGUGCUCUGUUCUCGGUGCUUCAGCCUAUGCGGGCACAAACGGGCGGCAUUUGUUUAAACGAAUGACGCAGGGUGGCAUUCCAGUCUGCUAUGAUCUGGUGUCAAGCAGAGUCCCCAAAGGGCAAAUGUAUGUGGCAUGGGUUGCAAUGCCCCAGAGACCAGUCAUGCAGUGUUGGGUCGUGACAGCGUCCCCCGAUGGGCGGCACCAUGUUGUUGGCACUGGGUUGCAAGUGGGUGAAUACCAGAGACAGCUACAACCAACACAGCAGAUCACGCUGGCUGGCGGCAGUGGCUUCGAAGACGCUUAUGCUGUCUUAGCGAGUCACUCUUCAGGGCCUGCUAUUGGGCUUGAAGAGACGAUAUCUGCUUCGUGAGCGGAUUUCGGUGCUUGACGACGUUUCGAGGGGAGGCCGUGAUACACUUCUAUAGUGUAGAGUGGCGGUGAACGUCGUCUAUCACCCUCCUUAUUUUUUUCCUUAUAUUUUAUCAUGAGCCGCCGCGUGGCGUUUCCUUUGAUUGUCAAAUUGUUUAAAAUUCACUCGCCGGCGCUUCCAGAGAGCAUAGGGCCUAGUAUUCAAGUCCACUUGAGAUAUAGCGGUUGUUUUUAUUUUGAACCAUCCAUUUUGCAUUUAUUGCAUGAACGUUAUAU